AUGAGCGUCUUUAAAAUUCAAGAAUUCCUCAAGUGCGAGGUAGCUCAAUUAAUCCAUUCAGAACGACAGCCGGAUAAUAUAGUUAAUAAUGGCAAUAACGAAAAGACAGAAGAAGAAACGGCCGCAAACGAUGAACAAAAUUUAGUUUGGGAAGAGUUUGAUAAUGCCGUAGAAACACCAAAAGAAAUUCAUUCGAAAGCAGCGACAAUAAAAAAUUAUUUGCAAGAAGAAAAUAUUUUCGAAAACUCUGAUGAUGAAACAGUUCCAAAUAAUAUGGUUAUACAAGAAAUAGAUGAAGAUAGAGAAGCUGAUGAGGAAGGAGCAAACGAAGAAGAGGAAGUUGUACCAAGAAAAAAAGCCUAA